AUGGGCACCCUGUUGUCGGCAAUGAAAGCUCCUCUGCCUACUGGCACUGGUGAUGGCUCUGCUCUACCAGUGGAGAAAGAUGACUCCGUCGCUUCGACACUUGCUACCAUCGUCAAGGAUGUCUCCCAUCUCGGAUUCGACUCGGUCGAGAAGGUUGCAAAGAUGACUAUCAAGACAAAGAGUGGUGAAUACGUUGACGACAAGGAAUAUCUCAUGGAACAUCUGAUCAACGCUGCUGCCAGUCUGCCGAAUGAUAUGGUUGGACAGAAACUCACAAAUGGCUUUGUAGCCACGCUCUGGAAUGACCUAGAGCAUCCUCCGAAAGCGUUCAUGAGCGACAAGUACCAGUACCGCAGUGCAGAUGGCUCAGAUAACAGCUAUCUCCAUCCUCGCCUAGGAGCUGCUCAUGAAGCCUACGCGCGCACUGUCAAGCCGACCACCGUACGGCCAGGCAACCUCCCCGACCCGGCUGUCUUGUUCGAUGUUCUCAUGGCCAGAGACAAGCCCACAGAGCAUCCGAACAAAAUCUCGAGUGUGUUGUUCUACAUCGCAUCGAUCAUUAUCCAUGAUCUUUUCAAGACCAAUCACAAGGACUUCAGGAUCUCCGACACCUCAUCAUACUUGGACCUGUCUCCCCUGUACGGAAGCGAUCAGAAGGAGCAAGAUAGUGUCAGAACCUUCAAGGACGGCAAGAUCAAGCCCGACUCAUUCGCAGAGACUCGCCUGCUAUCCUUCCCUCCUGGAGUUGGCGUGAUUAUGGUCAUGUUCAACCGCUUCCACAACUACAUUGUCGAGCAGCUCGCUCUCAUAAACGAAAACAGCAGAUUCACUCGUCCUGCCGAGGACGCAACAAAAGAAAAGUGGGACAAGUAUGACAACGACCUAUUCCAGACUGGCAGAUUGAUCACAUGUGGUCUCUACAUCAACAUCAUUCUAAUCGACUACGUAAGAACAAUUCUGAAUCUUAACCGGACAGACUCUGAUUGGAAGCUCGAUCCUCGUGUUGAGUUUUCUGGUCAGCCAGAUCUCGGAUGUGGCAAUCAAGUCAGCGCGGAGUUCAAUCUGGUAUAUCGCUGGCAUUCAGCAGUAUCAGACAAGGAUGAUAAAUGGACCCAGGAUCUUUUUGCAAAGAUUUUCCCUGGGAAGACACCAGACGAGGUGCCUCAGCUUGAGUUUUUGAAGACCCUGGGCCACAUGGAGGCAGAUUUGAGAGCCCAAGAUCCCACCAAGCGUAACUUCCACGACAUCAAGAGGAAAGACGACGGUACUUUACCAGAUGACGAGCUCGCUCAGAUCUUAAUCGAAAGUAUCGAAGACUGCGCCAACGCUUUCGGUCCUCGUCAAGUGCCAAAGGUCAUGAGGCAGAUUGAAGUCUUGGGUAUCAGACAAGCGAGAGCAUGGAACUUGGCUACUCUGAACGAGUUCAGAAAGCACUUCUCCCUGAAGCCUUACUCAACGUUCGAGGAAAUCACCGCAGAUAAGGAGAUUUCUGAAUCUCUCAAGCACCUGUAUGACCACCCGGAUAACGUCGAGCUUUAUCCUGGUCUGGUUGUUGAAGAUGCAAAGUUCGCUAUGCGCCCUGGAUCAGGACUCUGCCCAUCUUACACAACCUCUCGUGCAGUCCUUUCCGAUGCUACGGUACUGGUCCGCGGCGACAGAUUCUAUACAACUUCUCACCAUCCUUCGGCCCUUACUAACUGGGGUUUCGCCGAGCAGGGAUCCGAUCUCAAGGUCAAUCAUGGCUGUGUCAUGUACAAGCUCUUCAUGAAGGCUUUCCCUAAUCACUUCCGCCCGGAUUCAGUAUAUGUUCACUUCCCUUUCACUGUGCCUUCGGAGAUGAAGAAGGUACUGACUGGCUUGGGCAAAGCGGACAAGUACAACUUCGAUAGACCUACUCGUCUCGCCCCGACUAAGAUGCUGUUCUCAUACCCUGCUGCAAAGAAGGUGCUCUAUGAUCAAGAGGCUUUCAAGGUGUAUUGGGGCUCGAAGAUCGAGUUUCUCAUGGGCCCUAAAGCUAAGAGCUUCAUGCUUGCGGGCGACACGAAGACCAACACUGCUUCACGUGAUAUGAUGGAGCAAGCUCUAUAUCUAGGCAAGUUCUCCCGCAAAGAACCCACAGGAAAUGAGAAGUGGCUUCUUGAAGUCCGCAAGUUCUACGAAGAGCACACCGCCAUGCUGCUGCAAAAACAUUCAUACAAACUCGCCGGUACCAAUUACGUGGAUCUUAUCCGAGAUGUGUCCAACAUCGUGCAUGUACACUUCUGCUCAGAAGUGUUCAACUUGCCACUCAAGACGGAGGAGAACCCGGAUGGUGCCUUUACCGAGAAGCAGAUGUAUCUUGUCAUGGCCGCUGUCUUCGCCUGCGUCUUCUUCGACGUUGAUCCAGAACACUCGUUCGCGCUCAGGCAGGGAGCACACGGCGCUAUUCAGGCAGUCGGAAAGCUCAUGGAGAUGCAAGUGCAGGCUCUGGCCAAAUUGCCUCAUCUCUCGAACGCCGUUGAUCGUAUCGGCGAAUGGUGGUCAGGCAAGGACCGCUCAGUCCUCACUCAAUAUGGCAAGCACAUGAUCGAGCGUUUACUCCAUACUUCAGGCAUGGAUGUGCAAGAGCUCGUGUGGGCACAGAUCAUCCCCACUGCCGGCAGCAUGUGUGCAAACCAAGGUCAAUUCUUCGGUCAAGUCAUUGAUUGGCUAUUCAGCGAUGGUCGCGAGUACCUUCCAUUGUUGCACGAGCUGGCAGUCCAGGAUACACCCGAAGCCGAGGAGAAGAUCAUGCGCUACUUCCUCGAGUUCUCGCGUCUACAUUGCGAGACUGGUGUUUACCGCACCGUAGCAAAGGAGAUGAUUGUCGAAGAUAUGGACCGCAGAGUCAAGCUGAAUGUCGGCGACACCGUGGCCCUCAACUUCCGCUCCGCUUCUCGCGACCCUGAAAUCUUCCCUGACCCAGAAACCAUCAAAUUGGACCGUCCCAUCGAUUCCUACAUCCAUCUCGGUCAAGGACCUCACCAAUGUCUCGGUCAACCCAUGACGCUGGUCGCUAUGGGUGCCAUCCUCAAAACUCUCUGUAAGCUCCCUAAUCUCCGCCCUGCACCUGUCUGGCCUGGUCCUGUCGACUCGGUCAAGAAGGUCGUCAAGGACUUUUCAGCACUCGCACCUGAUGUCGAAUUCAAGCCCGAAUGGGAGUACCACUGUUAUCUCCUCGAGGACUGGGAUCAGUAUUUCCCCUUCCCGGCCAGCUUGAAGAUCUGCUGGGAUGGGCCGGAUGCUUAG